UAAACAUUUCUUAAAUAUUUAAAAAUUGUUAUUGCAAUUUAAAAAUGAAUAUGUGUUGUUUUAAAUGGAAUUUUUUUCAUCUUAGGCAAUUUGUCCUACAAAGGUUUAUACAACUUUAUGAUGCUGUGAGUUUUAUCUUUAAAAAUUUAUCAGUUGUGCACUUUGUUUGCACAGUUUUGUACUUUGUCAAUAUUUAAAUUAGUUAUAUCUUUAUUUACUCAACCUCAAUACUGUGGUGAUGAUGCACUAAAAACGAGUCAGAGUGGGUAAACAUUAAUAAAGCUAAGAUAAGAUUAUGAUAACAAGAAUCAUACUGUACGGUUUGCUAGAAUAUAAAUAGGGAAAUUCUUUAUGAUAAUAUUUGAUGUUACGAGAGUAUCUUGUUAAAGAUUUAAAGUGGUACACAUGAAAAUUGUUUUCUAGAAAUUUUUUAGACACAUGAUAAGUUAAAGCAAAUAAAAUAUUUAGACUAAAUACAUACAAAGAUUAGUACAUGCAUUUAAUAAUACGAAUGAUUUAAUUCGUAAAUAUACAAAAACAAAUUAAAUAAAAAACAUACAAACAAUUACACAUACUUAAGUAUAUAACAGUAAAUUUAAAAGUUGAUAUUUUUCUACUUCAUCAAAUAUUAUGCGACAGCGCUCCAAACUUUCGAAUAGAAUUAUUUGGCGACAUUUUUAAAAGCACUACUUUUGUAAUAUACCAGCGCCUCUCAAACCGUCCAUCUGUCAAGCAUAACGGCAAGCAAAUUCAGCAGGCAAAUGGCGAGCUCGUGCGAGUUACUUUUCGGCUGUCAAACGAGUGUAAACGUUUUCAUUGUCGUUCCACACAAAACAGCAUUUUCGCACGUUUAUUACUAAAUAACCAUUUUAUAAAAGUGAAAUUUUACACAAAUUAGUGGAAAAUGUCUAUUGGUGUACCAAUAAAAGUACUUCACGAGGCUGAAGGUCAUAUUAUCACGUGUGAGACGAUAACCGGUGAAGUUUACCGGGGCAAACUCAUUGAGGCUGAAGACAACAUGAAUUGCCAAAUGACACAAAUUACAGUCACAUAUCGUGAUGGACGAACGGCAAACUUGGAAAACGUUUAUAUACGCGGCUCAAAAAUUCGUUUCCUCAUACUGCCGGACAUGCUGAAGAAUGCGCCAAUGUUUAAAAAGCAAACGGGCAAAGGUUUGGGUGGGACGGCCGGUCGAGGGAAAGCGGCGAUAUUACGCGCGCAAGCACGAGGAAGAGGUCGUGGCGGACCCGGUGGUGGUGGCAGAGGUGGUCCACCAACAGGCGCUCCUGGCGGUGGCCGCGGUGCAUGGCAAGGCGGUCCAACGGGUGGACGUGGUCGUGGUGGUCUUUAAGCAAUUAGUAUUUUAAGUUUUAUAAAGUAAGUUUGGAUUACAAAUGAAGUCAAUGAUGAAACGGAAAAUGUUCGCUAACACGAAUGAAUUAAAUAAAAAAAAAAACAUCUAAAAGCAAAUGAAAACUAUUUAGUUACUCAAAGUUGAAAAAAUGAAACGUCUGAGGUUACGUUGAUUUUAACAUAUACAAUUCGUUUUGGCGUGAAAAAGUGUAGUUACAUAUCGAAACGAAAAAUUUUAAAGUAUCGUCUUUAACUUAAAAGUGAAAAUAAAUUCACGGACAUUUACAUAUUAAAACAUUGAUUGUUUUAGUAACUUUCGUUGAUUGUCGAAUACUACACAAAAAGAGCAAUUCCAUGACAGUAUAUUUUAAUGCUUGACUGUCGAUGGAUAGCUCUCUUCAUUUUGCCAUUCGUUUUGUGGAUAAGAUCGGAUUAGAUCCAUCACCAAAAAACAAGCAAAAAAAAAAAAACAAAUGCAGAUUAUGUAUAAAUCGACAGAAAGAGUUCUAUCAUUUAUUUAGGACAAGGACAUUGACACACACAAUUUCGGCAAAUAUUUUAUUGCCACAUAAAUACGAAAACAAAGGAGAAAUAAAUUUAGCAUAAAAUUAAAAAUAUAAAACAACUGCUGCCUUCAAUCAGUUGAUAUACUUAAAUGUAUUGUGAGAGCAAUAAUGAAACUCGAAGAAAAACUAGCGUUGUAUGUUAUUUGCUAUAAGGAUAAUAUGGCUGAAUUAUAAUUUAAUUUGUGUUUUUAAUUGUAUUUAUACAUAUAUCCGAAAAAUCUAACACGUGCACGUAAACAAUUUUGAAGAUAUACUCAACUUGUUCGAUUUUUUU